AUGGCGGCAGCGGCGCGGCCAUCCAAUGGUUGGUGCCUCUACUCUCCGCCCUUCAAGGCUGUACUCCCCUCUCCUCAUCUCGGUGGUAUCCAUCCAUAUGGUUUUCCGAUUCCCGCGCGUAACUUUGACUCGGUGCUGGUCGUGGUAGCCACUCUUCUCGCGCGCCUCCGGGACGGCACGGCCAAGUUCGAGCUCCUCGACGACUCUGCGCUUGCGCACGCGCCCCCGGUCUGGCCCCGACUCCACUGCUUCGCCAGGGUUGCCCCCUCGCUGAGGGGUGGGUGGUCGGCGGCGCUGAACAAGGUGGAGCACUACGGGGUUCAGAGGGUCACCGGCGACGGCCGUUGCAUGUUUCGAGCGUUGGCUAAAGGAAUGGCAAAAAACAAGGGGAUUCCUUUGGCCCCAAGGGAGGAGGUACAAGAUGCAGAUGAUUUACGGAUGGCAGUGAAAGAAAUUAUAUGCGACAGCGAGACCGAGCGGCAGGAGUACGAAGAAGCAGUUAUAGCAAUUACUGUGGAGCAAUCAUUGAAACGCUACUGCCAAAGGAUAAGGCGGCCUGAUUUCUGGGGUGGAGAGUCAGAACUCCUGAUUAGUUCCAUGUUGAAUCUGAUUGACAUGAUAGACAAGUUCAUGCGUCGUUCUUAUUCUACUUUUGUUGAACUUCUGGAGGUUCUAGCCAAAAUAGAUGGAGCAGAAUGCUAG